AUGGAAAAAAAAAGUAGUCCAUUCGAUGGAGAUAAAGAAAAAAUAGAAAAUACUUUUGAUGAAAAAAAUAAAAAUUUAUCAUUUGAAGAAAAAGAAGAUAAUAAAAGUGAAAGUAUAAACAAAGAAAAAAGUGUAAAUGAGAAAAAUAUUGUGAGCAAUUUUAAAAACAGUGAAGAGAAUAAUGAUGAAAGCAAAAAAAGUAAGACACUUGAAAUUUUAGAAGAAAAGUUAGAAAAACAAAUUAAAACUAUUGAAGAAAACUCUAAAGCUAUUUUUACUUUAGAAAAUAGAAUUAAGGAAUACUUAAAAGAAGAAAAAGAUCUUUCCAUUUACAAAAAUGACUUAUAUGAGAAAAAUUAUGAUAAAAAAAAUAAAGGUAAAGAAAAAGAUUUAGUGAAAGAUCAUGAAGAAAAUAUAAAUUUAAAUAAUGAAAAACAAAACAUAGAUAUAUUAAUAAAUGAAGAAAAUAAAAAUACAGUAAUAAAAAAAGAAAAUGAUUAUAUAAAGAGCAAUCAAAAUGAAAAAGGGGAAGAUGGAUGUGAGAAAAAUAUAAUUAAUGAAUUAUUUUAUGAUAAUGAUUUUGAUAAAUAUGACGAUGUUGAUGUAUGGAAUAAUUUAAAUUAUGCAUUUGUUGAAGAUAUAAAAAUACUUGAUAUAAAUGAGGAUAAAAGUGAUAUGAAUAAAUUUAAUGAAGAAAAAGAAACAGAAAGUAAAUUGAAAAAAAAAAAAUUGAUAAAACAUUUAAUGAAAUCUAUCGGUGGAGAAGUAGAGAAUGAUGAAGAAAAAAAUGAGUUAGAAGCAGAUAUGAAACUUAAAAAGGAAAAAGAAAAAAAUGAAACAGAAAAUUGUGACAAUAAAAAAAAUGAAAAUGACAAAGAUAGUGAAGUAAAACAACUAUCCCUAAAUUCCAUCGAUAAAUCUUUUAUACAAGUUCCAUUAAAAUGUAUAUUGAAUACAUUCAGAAAUAUACAAAAGGAGUUAGAAAAAAAUAUUAUGAUAAUAACAUUAUUUAUUGAAAAAAAGUUAACAAAUUUAAAUGAUGAUACAUGUAUAGAUAAAUUAAAUACUAUAAUAGAAAAAUUACAAAUUCUAAAAAAUAAAGUUAAUGAAUCCAAAUUGCUAUUAAAUAAAUAUGUUAAAAGAUUAGUGAAUAGACUUAAAUAUAUUUAUUUUGAGGCAGAUAUUCAACUAGAAAAUUUGAAACAUGAUUUUAGAUUUGAAACUUAUGAAAAUAGAAUCAAUUGGUUAAUAGAUGGAUAUUUAUCAAGAUAUGGAUAUUUUGAUACAGAAGAAGUAUUUUGUAAAAGAUACAAAUUACAAAAUUAUUCAGAUGCUGAUGUUUAUAAAGAUUAUUUAGGAAUAAUAAAUGAAUUAAAAAAUCAUAAUACGAAACCAGCAUUAGAAUGGUGCCAAAAAUAUAAGUCUCAAUUAAAAAAAAUUGAUUCUAAUAUAGAAUCAGAGCUGCAUUUGCAACAUGUUAUAAAUUUAAUAUUUGAAAAAAAGUUUUUUGAAGCUAUUGAAUAUAUUAAAAAAACAGUAUCCGAACCUGAAGGUUGUAUAACUUAUGAUGUCAAAUAUAUAAUUACACAUAUAGGUUUAAAUAACAGUACAUUAUCAUUAAAAGCAUUUAAUGAAAAAAGAUGGAAGAAAAUAAUAAAAAUAUUUAAAAAGGUAUAUUCAGAAAUAUCAGGAGUAUUAAAUAAGCCAUUACUUGAAUUAUUAUUAAAAGCUGGUAUUUCAGUUAUAAAGACAGAACAUUGUGGAAAAAAAAAAUCAACAAAAUGUCCAACAUGUAUUGAUGAAUUAAAGAAUACUAUCAAUUGUUUACCUCAUAUACAAAAAACAAGAAGUUUUUUAGUUUGUCCAUAUACGAAUGAAGUAAUGGAUGAAAAUAAUCCUCCAUUUACUACACCUGCGGGACAUGUAUAUUCAGAAAAAGCCAUUUCAUUAUUUCUUAAAUCAGAUGACCUCUUUGAGUGUCCUAUAACGGAAGAAAAAUAUCGUAUUGAAGAAUUCUCAAGAUUAUUUAUAUGA